ACGUGAUCUAACCUUAAAGUUAUUGGAUUAUUUUUUAGAAUAUAGUAGUAAUUAAUUAAUAUAAGGUGAUGGAAGCAUUUAAAAAUAAUACGUUGGAAAUUGACGAGGAAGAAUCAAAUUCUAGAAAUACAAGUUUACUUCGUAGCGAAAGUUUUGAAGAAGAAAUGAGAGAACUUCAGUCGUUUACAAAAAUAGAAGCCCAGUGUGAAUUAGAAGAAGAAAUUGGUCGAUUAAGGCAUGAAAACAAAUUACUGCAUGCUAAAUAUAGUGACUUACUUAAAUUGUAUCAAACAAACUUAACCCAGAACUAUCAAGUACGAAUUCCAACUGAUACAUACUACAAACAGACAUACCUACCAGUUAUUCAAGAGACUGAUGAACGUGAAAGUUUAAGCCCAGAAGUACCUUUACAGGGGUCAUUAGAAGAUGUAGAAUCUGUUUUAGAUUAUUAUAAUGAAGACUGUGAUAAUGGGAAUCUAAAUGAAUCUUCAGUUAGUUGCUGUGAUAAUUUCAUUCCAAAAGCUGUGAAUAUGGAAGAAGAUGAUAUUAGUGAUGCAGUAUUUGAAAUUAAAAAAAAACUGCAUGUAUUAUAUAAACUUUUAGAUGGGCCUGAUGAUGAUGACUCAAUGUUAAGUUCUAUUUUUCAAAAAGUUUGUAAGGCAAUAUGUGAAAACUCUCAAUCUUCAGACCCAGUUUCCCUUCAAGAUUUAAAAAAAAAAUUGAAGUACUUAAGUUCUUACGUUGAGAAUUUAAUUAAUAAACAACAAGAUUUUUGUGAAACAUUUUAUAAUUGCUUAAGUAAUGAAACAGAAAAUAAAUUUUCAUUGCCAAUGAUUGAAGAAUGUAGAAACAAUCUCGCAGAAUCUUUUGCUAUUGAUUUAAAUUUAAAAGUGAUAACUGAUGAUGUAUGUUUAAAAAUUGAACAUCUUUGUAAAGAAAAUGAUAGUUAUAAGGAACUCACUUUAUUAUGUGAUACAAUACUGGAAUUAGUCAGUAGUGAAAAUUGUCACUCAGAUACUAAACUGAACAAAAUUGAAAAAAAUCUAGAAACAUUAAAUCAAUUAAUGGGUAUUUUGCAAGACAUAAUUAAUAUCAUGAACAUUACCAACAAAACUGAUUCAGAAAAGAGAUGGGAAGAUACUCUAAAUAAAUCAUUUAUGAAUGAAAAACUGCAGAAUAGUUUCACUAGAUUUUUUUCUCUUGUAGAAUUUAUUAAUUUGAAUUUUAAAGACCUUAAGGCGGAAUAUUUACAUGGCUUUCAGAAACUAUCAUUUCUCAAAACAUUUUGGUUAAAAUGUUGUAAAUUUCCUAAUUCAAAAGAUAAUAUCAAUGAAAGAAAACAGCUCGUUACAAAAGUUAGUGAAGAAUUCCAAGAAGAAAAAUCAAGACUAAUAUUGGAAGUUCAAAAACAGAAAAGUGAAUACGAUUUAUUAACAAAUAGAAUGGAAAGUUCAAUUAAAGAAAUUGAUACGUUAACUACAGAAAAUUUUAUGUUAAAGAAAUCAUUAGAAAAAUAUACUGAAGAACAGCAGCACAUUCAAAAAAGAAACAAGGAAUUGGAAGAACUUUUACAUGAAAAAACAUUAGCUUUAAAAUCAAAAGAAGAUGUUAUUGUAAAUUGCAGUCAGCAAAUUAUAGAAGAAACAAAUAGAAGAAAUAAAAUCAGUCAAGACUAUCACACUGCUUUAAAUAAAAUUGAGGAACUAGAAAUAGAAUUGACUAAAAGCAGAAAGGUUUUGGCUCAGCAAAACGAAAAGUUUGCAACACUGGAACAAAAACAUGAAGAAUUUAAGGAAAUUUACUGUAAUAAAAUAGAAAAAGCAAAUCAAGAGAUAGAAAAAUUACAAAACAAUUUACUCCUUAAUGAAAAGACAUUAUACCAAGCAAAAAAGGAAAGAGAUGAAAUUUCUAAACAAAACAGUGAACUUAAACGAAAAAAUGAAAUUGUUACUAAGCUACAAAAAGACAUGCAAGAAAUCAUUGCAGAAAAAGAACACCAUGAAAAACAAACUCGCAUACUUAAAAUAAAACUACAGAAUUUCAGUACAUUACAAAAUGUACUUACAGAUAAAACUGAAGCAUACAAAGUUUUAUUAGCUACAUUAAAAGAGAAAUCCACCCAAGAAGAUAUAAUAAUAACAAAAAUUGAAACUGAGCUUAAGUACUUAGAAAAUCAAAUAAAAUUGAAACGUGAACCCAUAACGUUAUUUGUUUUAAAACUUAUGGAAAUGUUUAAAAUAUUUAAACAAGCUUUAGUCAAAUCACAUAACACAUUUAUUCAAACACAGUCGGAAAAAAUCUGUAAUUUGGAGUCUCUGCUUGCCGAACAGAAAAAGAAAUAUCAAAAAAUAGAAGAAGAAAGUGAUAUUAAAUUGUCUUCCUAUAAAAAACGCUUGGGUGAUUUAGAAAAUAGGUACAAACAAGUCUGGAUUAAUGGAGUAGAGCAGCAUCAUUCAUUAGAGGAAUCAAAUCAAAAAAUAUGGAAAAUGAAGAGAACUGCUGAACAGGACAGAAGAAGAAGUCUCGGCCGCGGUAUAUUUCAUUCUCCUUUAUUAGAGUUAGCUAGUUCAGGUGAAAGUAAAAACAAAAACAAUCAAAUUAUUGAAAACGUAACAGAAAAACAAAAAAACAAGCAAGAUGCUCCUAAAAUAAGUUUGACCACUAAUCAGGUUCAUAAUUCAGAAUUUACAUUGAAUGGAAAAGACGAGGCUGACAUUACGAAGCAAGCCGAAAAUCCACAUUUAAAUAAAAGAGAUGAGCAAACAUAUAAAGAUAAAUAUAAUAUUGCCAAAGAAGUAGCACGUAUGCGUCUUAAAGAAUUAAAGGACUUGAGAAUUAUUGUAGAGCAGUUGCGCCAGCAGGUUAAGGACCAGGUGCCAUAAACAUAGCAUAUAUUGUAACUUUUACAUUCCAAGUAGUACACAUAAUGUUCCUUUUUUCUGUUUGUUUUAUAAACCGUGUAUACAUUACAAUUUUGAAUUUUUUGUACUAUAUAUGAUUGUAACUUUAAAGUACAAUUACUAAUUAGAAGUAAAAGUGCAAUUUCUGUGCAGUAUUAUCAUUGUACCUUAAUGUUUUGUUAAUAACAAAUAAUUGUACACUUUUGUU